UAACCAUUAUUUAGGAUUCUGAGAAGUCAAAAUGGAGUUCAUCUUCUUCACCAUCGCAGAUAUUUCUUCUCCGCUUAGAUUCAAGUAUGCGUUCUCAAGAGCACCUCCUUUAUAAAACCGCCAUAAAAGAAAUUCGACCGAUGCUCCUUUCUCCAAUACACCUCUCCCUGUCCAUUUCAAUUCCGCCUCCAUGGACCCUAAAACCUUCCUCAUCUCAACCUCCACUUCCUCAAUCCCUUCUCCUUUCUCCUCCAAAACUCCAUCUUUCACCAAAUCCUCCUCUUUGCAUUCAGAAACCGCCACGACACCAGCUCCACCAUCCCACCCCGCGGUCAGACGCCGCCGCCACUUCCCUGAGCGUGCUGCCUUCCCUGAUUCCCUCCCACUCCACUCAAAAAAUCCCAAAUCCAUCUACCGCGACAUUCAACGCCUUGCCCGCGAAGGCAAACUUCGCGAGGUCCUAACAGUUCUCGAUUACCUCGAUCACCGAGGCAUUCCUAUCAAUCCCACCACCUUCUCCGCCCUCCUCUCUGCUGCCUCCCAACUCAAAUCUCUGUCAUUAACCCGCCAAAUCCAUGUCCACCUCCGCAUCAACGGCCUCCAGCGCAAUGAAUUCCUCCUUACCAAACUCGUCGAGGCCUACGCUGCCUGUGGCUCGCCGAAGCAUGCCAAGCUCGUCUUUUCCGAGCUUUCCCCAUCGACAGUCUACCCCUGGAAUGCUCUCCUAAGAGGGAAUCUCACCGGCGGAUCAAGGUGGGGCCAUGGUCCGCUUUCCAUCUUCUUAGCCUUGAGAGAGGCUGGAGUGGAGGCUAAUGAGUAUACUUUUUCUUCUCUCCUAAAGAGUUUUGCUGGUUCACCAGCACUAAGAGAAGGGAUGAAAGCCCAUGCUCUUUUGGUUAAGAAUGCGUUUGCUGGCUCCCCUUUGCUUAUAAAGACAGGCUUGGUCGACAUGUACUUCAAGUGCAGCAGGAUCGGGAUGGCUAUGAGGAUGUUUGAUGAAAUUCCUGAAAAGGAUAUUGUUUCGUGGGGAACUGCAAUUGCAGGCUUUGCACACAAGAAACUUCGUUGGGAAGCAUUGGAAUGUUUCAGGUGGAUGGUAAGUGAAGGAAUAGAGCCGAAUUCAGUUGUGAUAACGUCAGUUCUUCCAAUAAUCGGAGAGCUUUCGAAGCGGGAUUUGGGCAGGGAGGUUCAUUGCUAUGUUUUAAAGCGAUUCAGAAACUAUGUGAAGAUGGUUUCGAUUCAUUCAGGAUUGAUAGACAUGUACUGUAAAUGCAAGGAUAUGAGCUCAGCAAGGAAGGUCUUUUAUGCCUCAUCUGAAAGGAAUGAAGUGUGUUGGACAGCUUUAAUGUCUGGAUACGCAUCGAACAAUAGGUUAGACCAGGCACUAAGGACAAUUGUUUGGAUGCAGCAAGAAGGGAUAAAGCCAGAUGUUGUCACUAUUGCGACGGUCCUUCCUGUUUGUGCCAGGUUGAAGACUUGGAGACAAGGCCAGGAGAUUCAUGGCUAUUCUCUUAAGCACGGAUUUCUGCCAAAUGUUUCCGUAGAAACUUCCCUCAUAACCAUGUACUCAGAAUGUGGAAGGAUAGCUUCUUGUUGCAGAGUUUUCGAUGGAAUGCAAUGGAAGAAUGUCAUUGCUUGGACUGCACUAAUUGAAUCAUACUUGAGAAGUAGCAGCCCAACUUGUGCUCUUAAGGUAUUUAGAUCAAUGGUGACAGCCAAUCGACGCCCAGACGCUGUAAUUCUAUGCAGGAUUUUGAGAGCCUGUGGUGAAUUGGAAGCUUUAAAGCUUGGAAAGGAGAUACAUGCGCAAGCUUAUAAGCUGAAAAUGGAAAUGAUUCCAUUACUUGUUGGAGAGAUUGUGAGCUUAUAUGGGAAGUGCAGAGACAUUAAGAUGGCUCAAAAGUUGUUUGAUCAUGUUCAGGCCAAAGGAUCCUUGACUUGGACUGCAAUAAUAGAAGCAUAUAGUCAUAAUAAGCUGUUUAGGGAAGCAAUGAAUAUGUUUGAUCGUAUGCUUUCAGAUGGUUACAGUCCAAAUCAUUUUACAUUUGAUGUUGUCUUCUCUGUAUGUGAUGAAGCAGGAUUGGCUAAUGAGGCUCUUAAGGUGUUUGAAGCCAUGAUUCAGAAGUAUAAACUGAAUGCAAGUAAGGAGCAAUUUGAUUGCAUGAUUGGCCUUCUUACUCGAGUUGGUCGCACUGAUGAAGCACAGCAAUUUGUGCAAUUGAGAUCUAGACUAGCCUGACUUUGAGCUGUUGAGAAUAAUGUUUAUUCUUGCUAUUGCCAUUGAGUUUAUCAUCCUGGAAAUGUGAUAUAUUAGCGGUUGGUUAUACUACAACCAACCAUUGUUUUAUUUCUGUUUAACUUUAAUAGAAAAAAAUAUCUAUUUUUAAUGAGA